AGUGCCCCCGAUCUGGCCACUCUGUCCAUCUCUUCUUCUUGCCAUCGCAUCCGCUUUCUGUUCUUUUUCCUCGUGGUUUUCGACUGACAAGAUGGCUCCAACCGCCAAGACCAACAAGGGUGAUACCAAGGCCGCUGCUGCCAAGCCGGCCGAGAAGAAGGCUGCUCCCGCAGCCGCCGCCGCCAAGGGCAAGGUGGAGAAGCCGAAGGCUGAGGCCGCCAAGCCCGCCGCCGCCGCGGCCAAGAAUGUGAAGAAGGCGCCCGAGGUGGCCAAGGCGGCCGCCGCCGCUGCUGCCAAACCAGCAGCAGCCAAGCCCGCUGCCGCUGCCAAGCCUGCCGCCGCCAAGGAUGCCGGAAAGAAGGCUCCUGCUGCCGCCGCCGCCGCCGCACCCAAGAAGGAGGCCGCCAAGGCUGCCGCUCCGGCUGCCGGAAAGGCUGCUCCAGCCAAGAAGGCCGCUUCCACCCCGGCUGCCGCUCCUCCGGCCAAGAAGGCUGCUCCCGCCAAGGCUGCUGCUGCUGCUGCUGCUCCGGUCGCUGCUGCCGCUGCUGCUGCUCCGGCUGCAGCUGCUCCAGCCGCCGCCAAGCCCGCUGCCAAGCCCAAGGCCAAGAGCGCUGCUCCCGCUCCCAGCAAGGUGGUCAAGAAGAACGUGCUCCGCGGCAAGGGACAGAAGAAGAAGAAGGUCUCGCUGCGCUUCACCAUCGACUGCACCAACAUUGCUGAGGACAGCAUCAUGGAUGUGGCCGACUUCGAGAAGUACGUGAAGGCCCGCCUCAAGGUCAACGGCAAGGUGAACAAUCUGGGCAACAACGUCACCUUCGAGCGCUCCAAGCUGAAGCUGCAUGUCAGCUCCGACGUGCACUUCUCCAAGGCCUACCUCAAGUACUUGACCAAGAAGUACCUGAAGAAGAACAGCCUGCGCGAUUGGAUCCGUGUGGUGGCCAACGAGAAGGACUCGUACGAGCUGCGCUACUUCAGGAUCAGCUCCAACGACGACGAGGACGACGAUGCCGAGUAAAGAUGAUCCAUUACCAAUUCCACACAGCAGAAACACAAGGUUUACAUUUCGUUUUAAUGUACAUCUCACGUCCUCGAACGGGGGCGUGUUUUUAUAAGCUAGCAGAAAGAGGUGUGAACUCAUGGAAAAAAAAUCCCUUUGGGUUCGCCGCAAUAAAUUAUUUGUGUGAGAACCGUAA